AUGCCAGGGAAAGAUGGUGUCUGGUGCACAGGAGCGCUGCUGAUGGGGUCUGCUCUCUUGAACAGGAGCAGAGGAUCCAGAUGUAGUGCUCUGCAGACUCACUGGGACCUCACAGCACUGUUUCACCAUGUCACGCUGAGUUUCCUCCCUCCCUCUCCAGCUAAUCCAGCAGAGGAGGGGUGUCCCAGGAAGCCAGCCCAGGACGAGGACAGGCGGAGGGGUGGGUGGCAGAGGAGCAGGCCAAAGGCUCCCCUCAUGUUCAUGGGAAUGUGCAGAUCUAUUCAGCAGUAA